AUGAGCAUCUCAAGCCUUCCCGUGGAAGGAUCACCGCAGUCCUACUGGCAGCACGAAGCCCAGAAGCAAGAAGUACCUUCACAUACCGAGCCUCUCCCCAGCUCAUGUGAUGUGGCGAUCGUCGGUGGCGGCUAUGCAGGCAUUGCUACAGCAUACCACAUCCUGAAGACGACCUCUCCGCCGCCCAAAGUGUUCCUCUUGGAGGCAAAGGAUCCAUGUUCUGGAGCUACAGGUAGGAACGGAGGCCACCUGCUCCCUGACUAUCUGAUGGGAGCUGCGAGCAACUCCAAGAGAUACAAUGCCUCUGCGGCAGCCGAGGUCGCGCAAUUUGAAGCCCGCCACCUUGACGUGAUCAAGUCUCUCAUCAGGUCGGAAGCUAUCGACUGCAAUUUUGCGGAGACGCAGAGUCUCGCUGUUCUCACGACCCCGGAGCAAGUCUCCAUGGUGCGUGAGGCAUACGAGGGCUUGAGGCAAGCAUCGUCUUUCAGUGAUACGCUGCUAGAUAUGGUAGAGUUCUACGAGGGUGAUGACGCACCCCAACGUACAGGAUUGCGAGAUGCAAAAGGCUAUUUCUCUACACCCGCAGCUCGGGUAUCACCCUUCAAACUUCUCACAGCUCUUUUGGCGCGCUGCAUCGACAUGGGACUCUCUCUGAAGACCCAAGCGACGGUGGUGUCAGUUGAGCAUGCUGAAUCAGACGGUCAUACCCUCACGAUGCGCUCGGGGGAGACUAUGACAGCUCAGAAAGUCGUCAUCGCCACGAAUGCCUAUACGUCAGCACUGAUCCCCGAGUACGCGAGUUCCAUCGUGCCCUGUAAGGGACUCGCAUGCCAUAUAACAGGCCCCGAGGGCAAGCCACUGCCAAAGCUCCUCGCUGCAAGUUAUGCCAUAAUGGAGCAGGACCCAGUCUCCAACAAGACGGGCUAUAACUAUAUGGUACAACUUGCGGAUAACAGCAUCGUGGUCGGCGGCGCUCACCACAAGUAUGAUGAGAAAGAUCCGGGGAGCUGGUACAACAACGUCGACGACACGCAGCUCAUCGAGCCGGCGCGGCGGUACUUCGAGGAUGAGUACAUGCAGCGGACGUUUGUCGGGUGGGAGGACUCGGGGGCCCGUGUUGAUCGUGUUUGGACCGGGAUUAUGGGUUAUAGUACUGAUUCGCUUCCUCACGUGGGAGAGGUUCCUGGUAGGGAUGGGGUUUUUGUAAUUGCUGGAUUUCAUGGACAUGGAAUGCCUGUUAUCUUCUUGGCCGCUGAGGGCAUUGCAGCCAUGACUCAGGGGCUGGAGUAUGAAAAGACGGGACUACCGUCUUUGUUCAAGACCUCUAGGGAUAGGCUGGAGUCAGAGAGAAAUGAUAUCCUGGCUGGAAGGGGCAUUCGGUCGACUAAGGACUAG